UCGAGUAACCAUCGGAUGUCGACGCGUUGAGCCACGGGGCCUAGCAUGUAGCGUAGCAUCCAAGUAAGCCCCUACCGAUUUAACGAUUCCGUCCAUUGUUUUCUAAAGUUUCAAUUUGAAGCACUGAGCAAAGAUGGCGAAGACGGGGAGAGGGCAGAGGGAAAAGAAAGUCUCAGAGACUUUAGAGCAAUGGCGGCAGGUGAAUUCAUGUUACCAAAUGAAAAGAAGGAAAAGAAGAGCUCACAAGGGUUCAAAAAAAGGGUGUAUGCCAGGAAAAGGAGGGCCUGAAAAUGGGCAGUACAAUUACAGAGGGGUUAGGCAGCGGACAUGGGGUAAAUGGGUGGCUGAAAUCAGAGAGCCCCAGAAAGGUAAGCGCCUCUGGCUCGGAACUUUCAAUACAGCUCAUGAGGCUGCUCUUGCAUAUGACCAUGCCGCUCAAAUCAUGUAUGGGUCUUUUGCCUGCCUUAAUAAUCCUCCUCUGCAACCUCAGAAUAACAAUAUAAGUGAUUUAAAUCCAAAUACAGACAACUCAUCCAAUGUUGAAAGUACCCAGGGGGAUCUGCAAAUUACAGAUACCCAGCUAAGUGAUAUUAGUAUAGACGAGAUUUUGCAGAUGUUUGAUGAUGGAGGAGGAGAUGAGAAUUUUCCAUUGCAAAGGCUUACCAACUGACAUUCCAAGAGCUCUUUUGAAACGUAUACACGCCAUUAAUAAAGUUUUCUUUGCUCUGGAUGGUGGUUUUUUGGUAUAUAUAUCUUCAUCUUUGUAUUCCUUUUGGCGCAAGGAUAAGCAUUCGGACAUGUGGCAAACAAACAACUGCAUUUAUUUUGGUUCUGGCUUCAUAUUAUGAAGACACUUGGAAAUCUAUUCUAGUUCUGUGUUCUUAUUACCUAAGCAAGACGCUUACAAGGACACAACAGGAUUUUACACGAAAUUAUAUUUUCUUUGAUUGUACGAAAACCCUAAAUUGGUCUGUAGUAUAUUUUUGAAAUCAUGUGGCUUCCUUGUUUCACAUCUUAAAGUUUACUGUAAACCUUGCAUGCCAAUCGAAAAUUUAAAUCAAAUGCAUAUUUUAUUAUAAUCUUAUAUUAUUUAUAAGAGUUUUAAA